AUGACUGACUUCUGGGAUUUCUCGGAUCUCAUCGAGAGUUGGAACGUCAAAAACAUCUCUGUUACAGAGCCCAAAGAAGAUGAGCAAAAGCUUGUCGAACAGAUGCAAAAAGAAAUGAACGAAAUCAACGAAUCUAUUGAAAAAAUACAAGCUAACGAUCCAGAGGCAAUUUCAGACUUAAGAUUGCUAAAAAUACCUAAAAUAUCUGAAGUUAGCCUUGGUGUUACAGCUGGAGGCGGAAGUGAUGAUAAAAUUGUUGAAAAUCCAGAAAAAAUAGUCAUUAAUAUUCCAGAAAAACCAUCAUUAAUUAAUACUACUAAACUUGCAACACAAAAGUCACCACGUAUCAUUAAGCCAAAGACUCCACAAAAGAAUACAAUUGCAAGAACAAUGGAAAAAUCACAGAAAUCUAUUCCAGAGAAAUCACCUUCUACAGAAAACUUGAAGCCAGUAUUCAAAUGCACACCAGAAAAGAUGGAAGUUGUCAAUUUCCACUUAUCAGAAUUAUAUUCGCAAGAAUUUUAUUUACAAAACGUCGAUUUCAAGACGCAUGGAUUUCAAGUCAAAUUCCCUAAGAAGAAAGCCUUUUCUGUUCAGUUUGAUGAAAGUAGUGUUAGUUCACGAACAAUUUCUGGCCUUGGCAUCAAAUUCACAGUUAACUUUAAACCAACAAAGCCUAAAGACUACGAUCAAGAGAUUGUUUUCAUUCCAGAUAACGGCGCUCCACCAACAAUUGUCAAAUUACACUGUUAUCGUGAUCCUCCGAACCUUUCACAUCCAGAUGUUGUUGAUCUUGGAGCCACACUUGUACAUUCUCUUAAACCAGGCAAAUUUACCAUUACAAACAAAGGUGGAAUUGCAUUCUUCUCAUUUUCAUCGGCAACAGGUCGCGAUGACAACAUGAUGUUCAUUAAUGGAUCAUUCACAUUAAUUCCAUCUCAAUUCCAGCUUCAACAUGGAGAAUCUAAGGAAAUUGAAGUUAAAUUCAGACCUGUAGAGCCAGGCAAGCACACAGCCUCAUUCGAAAUUGUUGCAGAACACUUCCCACAGAAGUUUUCAUUCCUUGCAGAAGGAGAAGCUGCAGUUCCAAACUUGAAAUUUGCAAUUUCUCCAGACAAGCGUUUAUUCCUUCCAUUCCUUCCACAAGAUGUCAAUACAACACGUGUUGUCGAGAUCCACAACGAAGCCGACGUCCAAUAUCCAUUUUACGCCCAAAUAUUAUCUCCAAGAGAAGGAUCCCGAUCAGAUCUUGCCAUUUUAUAUCCAGGAACGAACACACAAACAGUUAAGAACAUUCCUCCACCCUUCAUUGUCUCUCCUCUCGCUGGUAUGGUCGGUGCUCACGAUACAAUUACUCUUCGUGUCACUUUUUCGCCGAAAAUGUUUGCAUUUUAUAAAGCAAACAUUGUUAUUUCGGCAAACAGGAUACCAGACGAAACCGGCAAGCAGACAAACAGGAAGAUGCUAACAAUAGCUGCUGAAGGCACAACAGGACCACCACGAGUUUUGAUUCAACCACCAUUAGUUUUGUUUAAUUCUGUUGUUCCUCAUGUCGAAACAACAGAAGCGAUUGAUGUCGUCAACGAGAGUAAUUUAGACAUCAAACUACAAUGGCAUAAAUCGAAUACUAUUUCACCUUCUCCUUUAGUAUUCAAUGUUUCUCCAAACAACAGAGCAACAGUUGAUUUGAUCUGUAAUUUGACGAAGAGAAUUGGAUUGGCAGGUGAAAACAGAAGCCCAAUAAAGAAUGUCGCAAUGACAUGUACAACACCAGGAGAAGCAAGACCAAGUUCAAGACAUUAUUCAUUAUCAAUGAACGCGUUCCAAGAUGAAGAAAAACAACAAACAGAAGAAGAAAAACCAUUAAAUGAAGAAGAGGAAGAAGAAAAACAAGAAAAAGACGAAAUGCCAAAUAUCUUCGCUCUCAAACAUUGGUCAUCCGAAAUAUCCAAAUCAGAGUUAUCUACAUCAGUCACAAACUUACAAUUAUCUCUUGACAUGCAGGAUGAUUCAUUAAGAUCUAAAGAUGAAGUAAAACCAAUUCCAGCGGAAAAUUCAACUCCAAUGAAUUUCACUUUUGCAACACAUGUUCUACAGCCGAAUUUGGUUUUAGAUCCUCCUGUUUGCGAGUUCGGAUCCGUUCUUACAGGAACAGUUGCAACACAUAACUUGAAAUUGAUCAACAAUUUCGGAUGUCCAAUUUGUUUCGUCAUUGAAUAUCCAGAUGAUCCAGCAUGGAAAGUUGACAGACCGAAGAGAGUUGUCAACGCAAACAGCCAAGAAACAGUGCAAAUGGAUCUCAAGUAUGAUACUCAGACAGCUCUUUCUGAUAUCAUUACUUUGCACACUUGGUGGGCCAAUAAAAAUGGAACUCCAAUUGAAGGAUUGCCACAUUCUACAUACGCAAUUCCUGUUUUCGCAAUUUUUGACAGCCCCAUUAUUUCAAUUGAUAAGAGAAUUGUGGAUAUUGGAGAAGUAUAUCCAACAGUUGUUUACGAUGCAGAAGUUAAGAUCUCUCUUCUUAACUCAUUCCCAACGAAAUAUGAGGUAGAAUGUCCAAGUGGAACAGUUCAUCUUAAACUCCAAGGGAAUUCAAAUUCCGAAGAAGAAGAAAACGAAGAAGUUGAUUCUUCUUAUUACGUCCAAGCAUCUCCAGCUGUCGGACAACUCGGAUUAGGUGGCGAACAGAUAAUUAAACUCAAAGUCUGCUUCGCGGAAUUAGGAGAAAGAGCAAUGCCAAUCAAGAUAAAGAUAUUAGGAAAAGUUUAUACAGUUGCUGUAAUUGCAAAUGUUGUUGCACCAAAAGUUACAUUAAUUACAAGAAGUGUCGAUUUCUCAAGCGAUUUUGUUAUCUGCAACGAGUCAAAGACAUUGAUUCACGUGGAGAACAAAUGCCAAGUUGCUUCUACAGCAAGAAUCGUAAUGAUGAACGAUUGCAACAAAGUUUUCACGCUUGGAGAUAAUUCUGUAAAAUCAUUGGCUGGAAAUUCGCAAGUAACAAUUCCUGUAUCAUGUUACAGCGAAAUACACGGUGAUUACAAUGGAAAAUUGAAGUUGAUCAUAAGAGAUUUGUGGCAAUACAAAGAGAUUGAUAUUCCUUUGCAUGUUAAAGCUCUUGGAUCUUUCUUCGGAUUCCAGAAACACACAUUCGGAUACACACAACAUCCAUCUGGAGAUUUCGUUUCGUUCGGAGAAAGAAUUAAAGCUGGAGAAGGAGUUAUCACGCGUUGCAUCUCUUUGGUUAACUUCUCUAGCGCUCCUAUCGAUGUACAAUGGUCACUUGCAAACUUUGUGCAUGGAAGAAACUACGUGGAUGUUAAUUGCGGCAUUGCUGAUGACGGACAUUUUAACUUGGAAACUAAAGAAGCUGAAGGAGCAAAUGAACAAAGUCCAUUUUCAAUUGAAACUCAUGAAACUAACAUAGAAAGCCACGGAAAACGUGUUGUAGAAAUUAAAUUGGAUACGUCAGUUAAGGGAGAAUUCAACGGAUGCGUUGCUGCACGUAGUGGUGAAUUCAUUCAUACUCUUGGUUUACAUGCUGUUAUUAUCUAA